AUGGAUGAAGCAGGCAUCAUGGAAGGACUUGGGGAGAAUGGCCUGGUCGUUGGCAGUGCUGAAAAACGAUCUGUACAAAAGAAGACGCCUGGUUCUCGGGUCUGGACGUCGUUCAUCGAGUGCGUGUCCGCUGCCGGCACCUUCCUCCCUCCACUCGUCAUUUUCAAGGGCAAAUCGGUCCAGCAACAGUGGUUCCCAGAAGAUCUCAGUACUUUUAGUGACUGGCAAUUCACUGCGACAAAGAACGGCUGGACUUCGGACCAAACUGCGGUGGAGUGGCUCGGAAAAGGGUUCAUUUCAAAAAACCAGCCACCCGACCCCUCGGGGCGAAGACUGCUAGUAUUUGACGGCCACGGAAGUCACGAGACGGGUGACUUCAUGUAUCUAUGCUACCAGCAUCAGAUUCACCUUCUUUCUUACCUCCCCAUACCUCUCAUGUCGGAUUUCUCAGCCUCCUGA